UAUAGCAGUUGGACCUCAUCACAGAUAGCCCAACACCACUAACACCACUACCACCACCACCACCUCAGACACAGAGCGCAGAGCAGAGAGGCAUGCCGCUCCCACCAAGUGGACACACAGCAAGUCGAUUGGAUCUGUAAUACGUAAAAGCUCUUCACUUUGCCUGGCCGUGUGAAGAUAUUGACAUGGAACGUGUCAACGGCAGCCUGGACAAGGCUCCAUCAGCAUCAGCCUCCUCAUCUCGCUUCCCAUCCUUUACCUUCGUCCCUAUUCUGAACAAGCUGCCCACCAAGAGCCGAAUCAUUAAUGUGGGCCGCAGACUACUGCCAUCGCUGUUCCCAAGCCAGGGUUUAGAGCCCCCCGACAGAGCCGCCCCGCCGUCGGAUGAUAGCAGAAGUAGCGGCACCAUGGAAGGGGGUGUCUACAAGGCAGAGUUUGUGUACAUCAGAGAGCCAGAACCAGAGGAGACUCCUGGAGAAGAAGUGGCAGCAGCAGCAGCAGGCUCUUCUAGAGACACCGCAGCGCAUAUGAAAAAGCUGAGGGCGCCGCCAUUACCGUCAACCUCAACCUCCUCUGCCGAUCUGCAGACCCAGACCCAGACCCAUACCCCACCCUCGCCCCCACCCUCGCCCUCGCCCUCGUCCUCGUCCUCGUCCUCGUCCUCACCCCUGUCCACCCCCGUCCUCUCUCUCCCUUCUCUCGGCGAGAAAGUGAUCUCCACCUAUUCCAGUAACUCCAGGAGCCCGGCCGCUUCUCCGCGUGUGGCCAUGGACACCAAGACCGACAGGCAUGCGGCAGCAGCAGCAGGAGGAGCGGGAGGAGGCUUCUUGUCAUUCUGGGUGGGGGGUCGUGACAGCGAGUCCCCCCCGGCAGAGAAUGCCGGUGGAGGAGGAGGAGGUGGCGGCGGUAGAGGGGGAGUUGGGGGUGGAGGUGCUUAUUUCAACCACGAGCCCGAGCCGGAAGACAGGCAUGCGGCAACGGGAGGAGGCUUCUCGUCAUUCUGGGGAGUGGGUCGUUACAGCACUUCCCCAGGACUCAAUGCUAAAGGUGGAAGAGGAGGAGGAGGUGGAGGAGGUGGUGGAGGAGGUGGCAGUGGCGGAGGGGGUGUCUAUUUCAACCAGGAGCCCGAGCCCGAGCCGGAGGACAGGGACGAGCCUCCGCCCCUGAGUGCCGCCACCUCUGUGGACCUGCUCACCUCCCCGGUGUCCUCCUCCCGCGAGUCCAUCCUGUCGGAGGGCUGCUGGGACCGGGACAAGAGCUGGUCGGUGCCUUACCUGACGUCCCCCGGCCCGUACCCGGGCCCGUACCCCGGCCCAUACCCGGGCCCGUCCCCGGCACCCUCCUCCUCCCUCCUCAGCCGCGGCUGGUCGCCCUGCUCCACCACCUCCUCCCUGCGCUCCGGCGCCUUCUCGCCCGCCGUGGUGCGCAUCACCCGCCACUCCCUGGCGCCCGGCGCCCGUCUAGCGGACAGCAGCUGCGCCUCGUCAUGUGCCACAAGCCGUGCAACGUCGCCGUGCCCCGACAUGUCGCCGGGCACGGCCCGCCACCGCCCCCCUCCCACGCAGCUCUCGCUCCUGACGGCCAUCUUGCGGAAAGGCAGGCUGCCGGUGCUCACGACGGCGGAACAGAGGCCCUACACCCCCUGCUGGCCAAUCAGCCCCGUGCACAUGUCCUCCUGCGCGGCCUGCCGCGCCGCCGCCCGCGUGGGGACCAUGAUGGGCGGAGGAGGAGUGGUUCCCCAGUUAGCAGCAGCAGAUACGGAUUUAUGCUCGCAGUCUCACAACUCCCGCGAGUCGUGCCGAAGCCCUGAACUGAAGCCUGUAGUACUGAAAGAGCCAGCGCAUCGUGGUCGCCUAUCAGACGGAAACUACUACACUAACACCAACAGCAAUAAUACCACCACCACCAUGACAGACAGGUGGUCGGAACCGUCGGAUUUACUCUCGCAGUCUCACAACUCCCGCGAGUCUUGCCGAAGCCCUGAGCUUAAGCCUGUUUUGAAAGAGCCAGCGCAUCGCGGCCGCCUGUCCGAUGGAAACUACACAAACACCAACACCAAUAAUACCACCAGCACGACGACGACAAACAGGUGGUCGGAACCGUCCAAGUGCUCCGAACCGUCCAAGUGGUCCGAACCGUCCAAGUGGUCCGAAUCUUCCAAGUGGUCCGAAUCUUCCAAGUGGUCGGAACCGCCCAGGAGUGGGAGGACGAUCUGGGACAUCACAGAGUCGAAGUCGAAGUCGUCCAGCCUUCCGGCUUCCUACAGAACGGACUCCUAUGCGACGGACAAAUUCGCUACAACGACGACGGAUCAGCAGCAGCAGCGUCAACAACAACAACAACAACAACAACAACAACAACAACAACAACAACAACAACAACAACAGCGCAGCGUCCUCAAGCCGGUCAACUCCGAGCGCCGCGUGUCGCCGGCCCCGAGUCCGCAGCUGUACUUCUCCCAGGCCUCCAGGAGCUUGUCCCCCAAGCCCAGCUACGCUUACUGCUGCACGGCAGAGGGCUCAGACCACGCCGCCAAGUCCGGCGGACAGCUAGACCACAGAGGUACCCCUGCCACUUCCUGUGCGGCAGCAGUGGGGCCGCAGUCGAAUUCAGAGCGGGCUUUUCCGUCUAGCUCGCAAAACAACCACCACACCGUUGGCACUUCAUAUUCCCAAAGCAAGCCCUCGUUGUCAGUGAGCUCAUCACAUGCCCACAGGCUCUCCCCGCUACCCAGAGUUCCACAGUUCUCAUCCCCACGUCGCACCCCGACCCCGACCCCCACCCCCACCCCCUCCUCUUUCUCCUCCUCCUCCUCCUCCAUGUCCUCCCCCCUACCCCCCUACUCCUCCUCCUCCAUGUCCUCUGCCCCUUCUCUCUCUCUGUCCCGCAGGUCUAACUCUGGCACCCCCACCCCCACCCCCACCCCACAUCGCACCCCAACCCCAACCCCUGGUGCGACCCUGGACCGUUUGGCUGUCUACUCCCCCUCCUUCCUCUCCCCCUCCUCCUCCUCCUUCCCCUCCCCCUCCCCCUCUCCGGCAGUGUUGAGUCGAGACCUGACUCCAUCGCCCUCCUUCUUCCUCCCCACCUCCUCCACACCCUCGCCCCGCUCCACCCCCACCCCCCGGGGCCGCGUGUCACUCUAAGCUGACAGGGAGGAUAAAAAAAGCCAGAUGUACAAGAUCAAGUCGUCAUACAAAGCACUCGCUGCCAUCCCCACCAACACACUUCUUCAAGAGCAGCAGGCCAUUGAAACAGAGGUGGAGAGGAAAGAGAAUGCCGAUCCCACAGACACGUUUUCAAUGGAGGAGGCUCGGGGCGAGAUGUACUCGCCUGCUCAGCUGAGGGCACAGUCGGAAGAGCUGUACGCGGUCAUCGACGAAGUGCUGGAGGAGAGCCCUGUCCCUGGACAGCGGAAACUUCUCUCUCCCUCUCCAACAACGCGGCGGGAGGAAACGCAUGAGGCGAAGAAAUACACACCAAGAUCCUCACCAAGAACAGCAGGAAGGGAAACGAAAUAUGCGACCUUCUAUUUGAAAGCACCGGGUCCAACAGAACCACUUGUGACAAAGCCAGGAGUUAUACGCCCUGCCUCUGUUCCUUUGAGACUACCAACGGAUGAUGAUGAUGAUGAUGAGUACUUCCCAAAGCCAUUCAAGACAAACCUGGACAGACACACUCACAAGAGCCAAAGCCAGAUAACCAGCAGCAGCCCACUACAGGGAAAGCCCCAGGCUGAUGGUGGGAGACCUUUGACCAGCCCGUCAUUUAGUUCAUCUGCUGGGGGAAUGAAGCACAGCCUGUCCCCCUACAUGGCACCAUGGCUAAGCACCACCACCACCACCAGUACCACCACUACUGCCUCCGCAGCCCAGCCCAGCUCUGCGUGGGACAACACCACAACGGCCACACUCAGAAACACGCUCGCCAAGAUGGAGGUGCAUGAAACUGACAUUUGAAACGGCCUUCAGGCAUUUUAAUCCUUGAGGAUCAAGUUUUCUUUUUUUCUCCUCCUGUCCUUCUAGAAUUUGACGCAAACAUUCUACACCGCCCAUUGGACUAAGAAUCGUGCAAGAGUGUUUGUGACAUCAUAAUGAGAACUCUGAAGGUUUCACUAAAGUUCUAAUCAUGUGAUCAUAUUCCUGAAAGGGUGUGCUGCAUGCAAAGUCCCAUAACUCUGUCCUGUCAUAGUCAGCAUAAUCGUAUAAGCCUACUUGUAAGACAUGUGUUACUGACAAAAGCCAAAGAGUUACAGUAUAUAUGGGCACAUGCUAGCUCUUGCACUUACAUAUGUUGUUGGAUGAAUGAAUAACUGAUAAUAAUCAGCAAAGUUGAUUAGAAAUAAAGACCAUAUUUUAUUGUA